AUGGAGGGGCAGAUUAUGGAGGGCUUUGAAUUUGAAUGUGAUGAGGAGGUUCUUGAAAUGGAUGUGCUGAGUGACAGGGAGCCAAUGGAGUUUCUGCAGGACAGGAGUGAUAUGUUCACUGGAGCGAGUGUGGUACCAGGUCCGUGUGAUCCAGAGGAUCUGAUUGAUGGAAUCCUGUUUGCAGCAAGCUAUUUGGGCUCAACUCAGCUGGUGUCAGAAAAAACACCAUCUAAGAACGUCCGCAUGAUGCAAGCACAGGAAGCAGUUCGACUCAUCAAGGAUGGUCAGACUGAAUCGCUGCCCGUAAUAGAAGUAGACCUCUUCAUCUCCACUCAAAGAAUCAAAGUGCUGAAAGGUGACACCCAGGAAACCAUAUUGGACCAACCUCUGAGAACCAUCUCCUACAUAGCUGACGUUGGCAGUUCUGUGGUUCUGAUGGCCAGGAAAAGAUUGUCCCAGCAAGAUUCCCAGGAGAAUGCAGAGACCUCAGAACCAAGUCAAGACCACAAGAGACAGUACAAGAUGAUCUGCCAUUUGUUUGAGUCUGAUAAUGCCCAGUUGAUUGCCCAGUCCAUUGGGCAAGCCUUCAGUGUGGCAUACCAAGAAUUUUUACAAGCAAAUGGUAUAAACCCUGAUGACCUGACUCAGAAGAAAUAUAGUGACCUUCUCAGCACUCAAGAAGAGUAUAAUGAUGAUCUGGUCCACUUCUCCAAGUCUGAGAACUGCAAAGAUGUGUUAAUAGAGAAAUCUAGGGGGGACAUUCUGGGUGUGGUCAUUGUGGAGAGUGGUUGGGGAUCCAUCCUACCCACAGUAAUCAUUGCUAACAUGAUGCAUGCUGGGCCAGCUGAAAGAUCCGGCAGACUGAACAUCGGAGACCAGAUCAUGUCAGUCAAUGGAACCAGUCUGGUAGGACUCUCACUGUCAACCUGCCAGAACAUCAUAAAGAUAUUUUCCUUCUGGCCGGCCACGCCCUAG